AUGUCCGAGCCCCCUCAGUCCAGCAGGAAAUCGUCCUCCGGGUCGGCCAGCACCGUCCGCCCGGCCGCCGCAUUCAACUACGACACGGAUGUGUUCGUUCAGUUUCAACGCUACAUCUUAGAGAAAAACGUCCAUGGCCUAGCGCUUUUGGCCCGCCAGAAGGGUGUGCCGCCGUUUUUGCGCUUCAAAGUAUGGCCCAUCUUGCUCAAGCACCAUCCUUUUGUGGUAAAUCCGUUCAUCCAGCCGGAUUCUAUCGAUAAGGAGAAGCAGGCCUCGGAAUCCGACUCGGACGACCAUGAGCUGCUCCUCCAGCGCCGAAUCCGCAAAGACUUGCGCAGAUAUAUGCAUCGUAUUGCCUACUCAUCUGCUGAGGAGCCGUUUUCCCAGACUGAACUGCAUGUUUUUGACAUUUUGGAGAGCGCCGUGCUCAAAUUCGUCACCAAAUGGGGAAAGAUCAUUAAGUACGACCUGGCGCUCACAUGGAUCGCGUUGGGACUUGCAGAAUGGUUCCCACCGAUCCCCAACACCCUGUGGGUGCUCCUUGGCCGCGAGGUGUCGUCCAGCUCCCACACUUGCAUUGGUUCGGUCUUUGAAGACUACGAAUCUUACAUCGACUCGGUACCUGACUUGCGUAGCUUUUUGGAUGACAUGGUAGAAGACAACCAGAUCUCUACCAUGAAAUUCCACGAAGUGUUUGAGCGGCUCACGCUAGUGCUCUUGCACUCGCCAGAAAUGGCCAAUAAGCGUGAAAAGACUGGCAAGGUCAAGAUCAACAAGUCCACUCUUCCAACGAAUGGAGGUACCAUCGAAGAGCGCGUGUCAUUUUUCAUCUACGUGUUUCAGCGCCUCUUGCCUGAGCUUUCGCUGUACUUCCAAGAGGAACUGAUUCUCAACAAGUUUGGGCUGCACGACGACGAGUGGUUGAUCUGGUGGCUCAAGUAUUGUGGCUCAAAAGUGUGGUCUCGUGUAGAUAGAGGCCGUGUUUGGGAUCUUUUAAUUGGCUGGCGCUUGCAGAAGCGCAAGUUGGAGGGCAACGACACUUACUACUCGGAGAAACUCAAUCUUGAAGGUGGUCUUCUUGAGAAAUUGGGACCUGAUGCCUUCUGGUCCGUGAACUAUGAAGACGACCUGCGUACCGAGCUCAAUAAGGAUGACUCGUUCAAAGACUUGAUCAACGACUUGCAUGUCAAUACCCCGUCGCUGUCUUCGUCCGCAGAAAACCUGCUAACAUUCUCGUCUUCGCUGGUAACAUCAGAGUCAAGCGGGGAGAUAUUCAAGAAGGUUAUACCUUUUUCGAAAAUCGAUCCUCAUAUCGAGUUAUUGUUUGUGUCUCUUGCUCUAUUGAAGGCCAAAGAGAAUACCUUGGUAGAGUUAGACCAGCAUGAGAUCCGGACGUUUCUCUCCCGUCUUCCUGCGAAGUCUUACAAUCUAAGUGACAAGUAUAAGCAGUACCAGGAGCAGAAGGAUAAGGAGAAGGGCGCUGUAAGCACUGAGUAUGUGUUCAAGUACGACUACAUGGAUAGUAUCAUCUACGAGGCAGGCGAACUUUGGAGAAAGUGGCUAUGGUUUGAGAUGAACGGAGAGAACUAG